UGCCAGCAGGUCUGGGGGCGGGACCUGAGUCAAUCCCUCCGGCCGCCGGGCUCUACCGCUUCUCCGCUGUCCACUUCAGCUUCCUGCCACCCUCCUGUCUCCAGCAUGCCUGGUCCGACCCCCAGUGGUACUAACGUGGGCUCCUCAGGGCGCUCUCCCAGCAAAGCAGUGGCCGCCCGGGCGGCGGGAUCCACAGUCCGGCAGAGGAAAAAUGCCAGCUGCGGAACGAGGAGCGCAGGCCGCACCACCUCAGCAGGCACUGGGGGGAUGUGGCGAUUCUACACAGAAGAUUCACCGGGGCUCAAAGUUGGCCCUGUUCCAGUAUUGGUUAUGAGUCUUCUGUUCAUCGCUUCUGUAUUUAUGUUGCACAUUUGGGGCAAGUACACUCGUUCAUAGAUUCCGCUACAUCCAUCUGUCUGUCAUCUGAAGAAGAAAGGAAAAAAACCCCAACAUAUCUUGGACCAAAAGCAUAGUGAUUUUCUGUUCAUGAGAAAGAAAUUUUCUGUAAGCUUACUGUUUUACAGGGAACUUAAUGAAAACUGAUUUUAAGGAAUCAUUUUUUUCCUGUGGCUAAUAAACUUUUAAAUUCAUA